CAUAACCGUAGAAGUACCAAAUUGGUCUUUACUGACGCGUCCCUUCGCGUUCAUCUUAAGGACCGACAUCAUCAUCACAUAGGACGGCCGACAUCAUCUGCCACAAUGGACCAACGAAGACAGGACGCUCUAAAGAGCUACCGGGAUGUAAUGCGGUUUUCGUUGAAAGAUCUCGAAGUUGAGUACGCAAAGACCGAGGAUGACAUCAAGGCCGUGCAGUCCGUCGGGCAGAUCAUUGGAGAGGUCAUGAAACAACUGGAUGACGAACGAUUCAUUGUAAAGGCAUCGUCAGGACCUCGAUAUGUCGUCUCUUACCGCCCCGCCCUGCCAGCAGAGAAGCUCAAGACAGGCACAAGAGUGUCUCUCGACAUGACCACCCUCACAAUUAUGCGUAUCCUCCCAAGAGAAGUCGACCCUAUGGUUUACAAGAUGAGCUUGGAAGAUCCUGGAGGUGCAUCGUUUGCAGGCAUCGGUGGUUUGGGUGAGCAGGUACGAGAACUACGUGAGGUGAUCGAGCUACCGCUACUCAGCCCGGAGCUUUUUCUCCGGGUCGGCAUCAAACCUCCAAAGGGCGUCCUCUUAUACGGUCCCCCAGGGACGGGCAAAACCCUCCUCGCCCGUGCUGUUGCAGCCACCCUCCAAACUAAUUUCCUGAAAGUCGUGUCUUCUGCUAUCGUCGACAAGUACAUUGGUGAGAGUGCACGAGUUGUACGUGAGAUGUUCGGGUACGCAAGGGACCAUGAGCCCUGUGUCAUAUUCAUGGAUGAAAUCGAUGCCAUCGGUGGAAGGCGGUUCUCGGAGGGAACCAGUGCGGACCGUGAGAUUCAGAGAACAUUGAUGGAGACCGGAAGAUUGAAAUUCCCUCUACCGAAUGAGCAGGCUCGGCUGGAGAUUUUGAAGAUCCAUGCGCAGCCCGUGAACAAGAGCGGGUACAUUGAUUAUGAAGCAAUUGUCAAGCUCACGGAUGCGUUCAAUGGUGCUGACCUGCGGAAUGUGGUAACAGAAGCAGGCAUGUUUGCCAUCAGGGACGACCGAGAAUAUAUUGUCCAAGAAGAUCUCACUAAAGCUGCACGGAAGGUCAGCGAUGCUAAAAAGCAUGAGACCAAGUUGGAGUAUUCUGCAUAGACCCUCAUGUAAUAUACCGCCUGCAUUGUAUUUCAUUUUUAUCUCGCAUUCGAUCUUUGAACAUGACU